GGUAAGGGCGGAGGGUUAGGUAAAGGAGGAGGGAAGCCUCAGCUCCAUGGGCGAGGCAAGAGAGAGGAGUGCUCCAAUGGCAGCCUGCUGUCUGCUUCAGGUCAGUCACGUAGGGAGGGGAGUAAUGCCACUGGACCAACACUGACUAACCCUGCUGCCAGGGGCUCAGCCCUGACCAUUAAACAGACUGGCAAGCCUCUAAUGGGUAAACCGUUGACGCUCCACCCUGCCCUACAUGGCCACCCUUCCAAUGGAAACGGCAAACUGGACCAAGAGCGGACAGGCCCCGUCCCUAGAUCCAACGGCGUGAUGGAGAAGAUGGUGGGCGUGGCCCAGAAGGACAGCUCUUGUCAGACCCCCAGCGAACAGGAAACCAGCGAGGGUUCAGGGGUCAAGGCCAGCCAAUCAGUCAGCUUCAGUGAUUCCACCAUGGAGCACUUCAGCCGGUCGUUCAAGGAGGCGACGGUCAGCUUGGUGCGGACCACGGAGGACCUGCGGGGGGGGACAAGGUGUCCCAGGAGGGUAAAGGCACCAGAUCAGCCCAGACCGACCCUGGGCCAAACUAGUUCCCGGAGUCCCCCAGGGACUCAGUGGUACCAGAUCAGCCAAGGACCGACCCUGGGCCAAACCAGCUCCCGAGUCCCCCAGGGACUCGGUGGUACCAGAUCACCACCCUACAAGGAGACGGAUGGAUACUGCCCUGACCUGGAACUCAGUGACUCAGGAGCCAGAGGCUAA